AUGGAGAGGAUAAAUAAGUGCGAGGACGGGAGAGAUGCCGGUGCCGUGGAGCUGCAGCCAGGCGUAAAGCGCGAGGGUGUUGGUGUACGGGGUGACUUGACGGAGCUGAUGCUCCGCCGCUGCUGCAUCCGCCUCCCUCUGUGCGCAUGCGCGGUGCAUCUUUCCGUCGCGCCCGGACAAGUGGACGCAAACGCGCGGAGCAGCGUCAAGCUGCCCUGGGAUAGUGUGACCCAGACCGGAAACGAUGGAUCCGAGGUGCAAUUCCUAGGAGCAGACUGGCGGUGGAGGCUAGUAUGGUCCCUGGAUGAGAAAGUCGUGCCGUCGCCGUUAAUUCAGCGGCCCGUUUGUUUCCCACUGGAUCCGGACCAUCUGAUCAGCUCCAGAAAAGCACCUGAACGGUUGUCUGCUCCAGCCAUGGAGAUUGUCACACAUUUGAUUAAUGACACCAUAGAGCUCUACAAAUGGACCCUAACUAUUGCAGACAAGCGUGUGGAGAAAUGGCCUCUGAUGGACAACCCGCUUCCCACGCUGGCCAUCAGCACCUCGUACCUGCUCUUCCUUUGGCUGGGGCCCAAAUACAUGAAGAACAGAGAGGCCUUCCAGCUUCGCAAAACCCUUAUAGUCUACAAUUUUAGUAUGGUCUUUCUCAACUUCUUCAUCUUCAAAGAGCUGUUUAUGGCAGCGCGGGCAGCACGAUACAGUUAUAUUUGUCAACCUGUGGACUAUUCAGAAGACCCCAAUGAAGUCAGGGUGGCCGGAGCGCUGUGGUGGUAUUUCAUCUCUAAGGGCAUUGAAUAUCUGGACACUGUGUUUUUCAUCCUGAGGAAAAAAUUCAGCCAGGUUACCUUCCUGCACGUGUACCACCACUGCACCAUGUUUACACUCUGGUGGAUCGGCAUAAAGUGGGUGGCGGGAGGCCAGUCAUUCUUUGGUGCGCACAUGAAUGCUCUGAUCCAUGUGUUGAUGUAUCUGUAUUAUGGCUUGGCCUCCUGUGGACCUAAGAUCCAAAAGUACCUGUGGUGGAAAAAGUACUUGACUAUCAUCCAGAUGGUUCAGUUCCACGUCACCAUCGGCCACACAGCCUUGUCGCUCUACGUAAACUGCGACUUCCCCCACUGGAUGCACUACUCCCUCAUCUGCUACGCCAUCACCUUCAUCAUCCUGUUCGGCAACUUUUACUACCAGACCUACCGCCGCCAGCAGCCCGCACGCCGCGAUGCCUCCUCCUCCUCCAAAUCCGGCAGGGCUCUCUCCAACGGCGCCCUCAACGGGCUCAGCAAGACCCCCAGCGGAGCAGCCCUGAUGAGCAGCAAAGAUGAGAAGCCUCAGGAAAACACAGGGAGGAGGAAGAGGAAAGGACGUGCCAAAAGAGAUUAGAGCAGGACAGGAACAGGCGAGCAAGGGCCUAGCUUUGGCUUUUAGGUUGCUACUGCUUAAUAAUGACAGACUUAAUUCGUGGAAGAUCUAGUUAAAAUGGAUGUUUUCAGGUGAGGUGCAUUUCUUUAAGCCAUGAUCUGAGUUGUUGUAGAUACAAAAUCAAUGCAAGUCUUCGGUCAGAGAGAAAGAUUCUGCCCGUAGGAGGUGUCAAAGGUCAUACCUUAGAUGACCAAAAAUCCAGUCAAUGGGGCGUGGGAUAGAUUUGGGUAUUCCUUCUCGUUAUUGUGGCUCUGGCUCAGAAUGGGACUUGCAGCAGUCAAACUCUGAGUCUGAACAGGAAGCAGCAGCUCCCAGGCUCAGCGAGGAGGCCACUGCAGACACCCCUGAGCAGUGUGAAAAGCAAAACUUUGCACACUGCUUUAGUGAGACAGGAAUACACACAAACGCGUCAGACAUGUCAGUUUCUAUUCGAACAUAUUUUGCGGACCGGUUGUAGAGAUUAAGUGGCGACCGUAGUCGACAGCGCCGGGUCACUGCUGUCCUCUUCUUUAUCAAGUUAGUCCAUGAGACUUUUAUGUUUACAUUUAAUUUUUUGCUGUUUCCUGUUUAAUUGUCCUCAUAUUUUUUCUGAGAAACUGUCGUUUUUAUCCUUGUUUUUGGGGGGAUUUGGUUUCUCACCUUUGAACUGACACCCAUUGCCAGCUGUCAGCUCAAGUGGUCAGAUGUAAAUAGAAACAUUAAACAUUAAAACCAAAUGUGCGACACUUUGUAAACCGUAUGAUACUGUUCUACUGUGGUUUCAAGAUGGAAUGGUUAUCAGCUGAUCUUUUGUUCUUAUUUCCAAAUACAACAUAAUCCAUUUUGUAUUUGUCUGUCAUGUGAUGAAAUGUAAUGGGUAUUUAUCCAGAGGAAUGCUGAAUCCGGAGUCACUUCCCCCUUCGCGGAAAGGCAGGUGGAGUUUUGUCCUCGCAGAUGUUUCCCCUGUCUUUUUUUUUUACUGUAUCCUCUCUGAAUGUGUUGUUUGUCUUAGAUGCUGAUAAAAAACAAAAAAGACAAGACUGCUGUAGUGCUCUGCGUUCCCUUUUGUACCUGUGGUGAAUUUAGAGCCAACCCGCAGCCAUUUUGACCAGAGAAAUUUCAAAUAUUCUAAAAAAGGUAUUUUUGCCUCAACAUUUUGAGGCUUAAUUCAUGCCCCAAGCAGGCUUGAAUAUACAAUUAUCAAGAGAUUAAGAUAUUUGAAUUUGGAAAAAGUAACGUUUUUUUAUUUCUAUACAUAAAAAGCUGAACCUCUGCAGAGACUGUAAAAUAGAGAACAGCAAAUCUUGCUUUAUGUCCGUCAUCAGUGAAUGCAUUUCAGUGUAAUUUAUUGAUUAUUUAUUAAGUGAAUUCCACCUAGCUGAGUGCUUGUCUGUGUAUUUUUCUUCUUUUUGUGAUAUACAUAUUACAUUGUGAUAUUUUGUAUACUGCGCAUAGAGUGGACAUUUGUACGUCCAAAAUGCUUCCAUUUUUAUUCAGUGAUUCACUCAUUUAUUUUUUAGUAUCAUUACUUUUCUUCAAAUUAAACUAAACUGAAUGCCUGGAUGAUUUCUUUAGCUGUCUACUUUAUAAUCCCUGUAUGCUCUUGGCAAGGACAUCAGCUACUCCACAGACGGUGUGAGGACGUCAACACAGGAAGGCGCCACUGUACCGUCAGUUCAAAUGGGCUUGCUUUGCCAUGCCUCUACAAUGCUCUGUUUGGAAUCACCUUUUGUUACUGAACAAUAUGAACAAACUCAUCAGAAUUUAUGAAAGGGGAAGAGCAGAGUAAUUACUGUGCAGUUGUCAGUAGUUAACUUCAGGUUCCCGUCAUGAGUUUGUCUGGAGGCGUCAUGAAAUCCCAUCUUUGCACCAUGAUGCCUGCCUGCUUCCAAAAUGUUAUCUGUAAAAUGGUUUUGAAACGCAUUUCAGGAAAUGUCUUGUAUUUGUAUUAAUGCUUUAUGUGUGUUGCUUUUCUUUCAUUGAACAGUUGUGUUCCAUGACAUUGUUGUAUUUAAUCUUACAUGCCCAUCAAAUAUCCGGAGAUAUUAGAAAGUUGAUAUUGCUCAGUGUAAUGACAUUUUUAGUGCUAGUUAAUUGUGCCAUUAUAUUUAACAAAGAGAAAAUAAUCUCCACAUCUAUCAGUCCCAAAAUUAGGGGAGUACGUGCUUUUUAUUAUGUUCAAUCAAAUAUUUCUUCUGUUCUACAAACAUGUGGGUGUAUGGAUGCAUGUGGAUACAUAGAUGAACGGGCUUUUAUUUUCCAGCUGAACAACAGUAACUGUGAGACGAGAGAAAAAACCUUUUCAAUUGUAAUUACUAUCACUCUUAAAUCUGCCGAAUUCUCCUCCCAUUUUGAUGAAUGUAGACAAAGGUUUCCAUGGUAACUGUACACAGCAGCUGUCUGUCUGCCCCCCACCCCAUCCGUUAAAGCCCCUCCCGACUGCUCACCCCCUCCUCCACUCUCCUCUUCUUUCAGUAGGGGCUUCAUUGGAAAGCACAACAGUGCAAUAAACUAUUGCAAGAGGUUCUGGUGCGAGUGUACGUGGGCGGAGGAGAGGAGGCUUUGGUUUGGUUUUUUUGCUCUAUGAAAGAUUGUGAAAUGUUUUCUUUAUGUGUGUGCAAUCUCUCCACGGAGUUUAAGAGUGGGAGACCUAUGAUUGCAGAGGGAUGUUUCACAGGCGAUGUUAGCGUUGUUGCUUAUUUCAUAACUUGCCUACACAAAACCACAAGUCUCAUCAACAGCUUCUUCUUUAGACUGUGUCUUUGUGCCAUGCGAUGCUGUUAAAUAUUUUCCUUACAGUCUGCUCUGGUGUAUCCUUACAUCUUGACAGCAAAAACAUCUACGUUUAAAAUAGUAGAAUACAGAAUACCUUAAAAAUACAUGUGGACAAAUGUGGUCUCACAAAUGCAUCUCUACAAUCUUCAUAUAUUGUUCUU